AUGGAGAGAUUGACAAGUACAAGGCCAGGAAAUAAUGAAGACAUGUUCAAAGAAUUCAAGAAGUCCAUGAUGGAAGAAUUUGAGAUGACAGACUUGGGAAAAAUGCACUAUUUUCUUGGAAUUGAAGUGAAGCAAACAAGCAAUGGGGUCUUUAUUAGACAGAAGAAAUACGCUGAGGAAAUUCUCAAAAGAUUUCACAUGGAAGAUGGCAAUUAUGUCCAAAAUCCUAUAGUUCCAGGAACAAAGCUUAACAAGGAUGUGGGAGGAGAAGGAGUCAAUAGCACUCACUUCAAGCAGAUAGUGGGAAGCCUAAUGUACUUAACUACUACCAGACCUGAUCUGAUGUUUGCUGUGAGCCUUAUUAGCAGGUACAUGGAAUCACCUACUGAACUUCAUUAUCAGACAGCUAAGAGAGUGCUUCGCUAUUUGAAAGGAACAAUAGACCUUGGUCUAUUCUACAAGAAGGAAACUAGAAACAAGAAGGAAGCUGGGGGUGAGCUAAUGGGAUUCAGCAACAGUGACUAUGCAGGUGAUCUUGAUGAUAGGAAAAGUACAUCUGGAUAUGCAUUCAUGCUAAGUUCAGCAGCUGUCUCUUGGUCAUCGAAAAGACAACCAGUUGUCACUCUCUCUACAACAGAAGCUGAAUUCAUAGCUGCAACUUCAAGUGCUUGUCAAGCUGUUUAG